AUGUCUCAUGGGACCUCCAUAGGAGGGUUUCCAGUGGAAAAAUACAUGGACGUAUCUAGCCUGGCUAGCACCAGUGUACCCAGCAGUGAGGUGUCUUCAAGAGCCAAGGAAGUAUCUUAUUUUCAGGGCUACACUAACCCCUACCAACAUGUCCCUGGUUACCUAGAUAUGGUGUCAACAUUUAGUUCUGCGGAACCCAGACAUGAGACCUAUAUAUCAAUGGAAGGCUACCAGUCAUGGACUUUGGCUAAUGGGUGGAACAGUCAAGUUUACUGUGCAAAAGAUCAGGCUCAAGCCCCUCACUUCUGGAAGUCCUCUUUUGCAGAUGUAGCACUGAACCAGCCAGAUAUGUGUGUAUACAGACGUGGGAGGAAGAAGAGGGUGCCCUACACCAAGCUGCAGCUCAAAGAGCUAGAAAACGAGUAUGCCAUUAACAAGUUCAUUAAUAAGGACAAGAGAAGGAGGAUAUCUGCAGCCACCAACCUCUCAGAGAGACAGGUCACCAUAUGGUUUCAGAACAGGAGAGUAAAGGACAAGAAAAUUGUAUCUAAACUAAAGGACAACAUCUCAUGA